UUUUGGCUCAAGCACGCGUGCCCGCUGGCGGGGACUGGGCUAGGCGCCGCGGCUGCCAAGCUGUCGCACAAAUACUUGCUGUGGCUGCACAGGCCUGCUGCGCGCCCGUCGGGAUGGCAGGAAGCGGCGCUGAUGAGGCCGGCGCGCUUCUCUUGGACCCGGCUGGGGCGGCGGCAGGGCCCCUCGAGGACGGGCCUCACUGGGCAGUCGAAGGCCAGACUGUCAGGUUGGAUUGGCCCCACGGGCCAGUCUGGCCUGGCCAAACUGGAUGAUUUGGGUUCUUCGCCAGACUGGAUUCGCGCUGGCUCUCUCGCCAGAUUGCCCCCGUUUGCCAGAUUGGGCCUGCCAGGUUGGCGCCAAAUGGGCUUCGACCACCCAGCCUCAGGACCGCGCUUACGAACCUCAGGAGCGCGGGCGGCAGGAGUCUGGGCCGUACUUGCUCGGGUGCUAUCCGUUCUUCGUCGAUAAAGUCUUGGAGCUGAAGAAGGAAAAGAAGAAGGUAAAACAGGGCUAGGAUCGUGAUAAAUCGCUCCAGAGCGUUCCGGAGCGCUUUCAGAGCGUUCCGGAACGCUCUGGAGCGGCCGCGGCGCCCAAUACAUCCUCCAAACCCGCCGAUUCUCAGAGAUUUCGAGUUAUCCCGAUCCGAUGUUGUCCCGAUCUUAGCGUCGUUUUAGAAGGCCACGCGUGCACACUGCGUUGGCCCUGUCAUGGAUCUGGCACUCUGGUGUCCAGUCAUGCAUGCCCUCGUGAUGUUCUCGUUCAUGGGGCUGGGCCUCCUGAUAGGGAGACAGAGCCAGACACGGGGCAUCCUUGACCUGGCCUACCCAAAAUUGUGGCUUGCGCUGGCUGCUGGCACUUGCUUUGCCUUGAUGUGCCUCGAGGUUCACAUCGCAAAGUAUUCGAGCAUAUGGUACAGCGACAAGGCGCGUGAUCUGUCCAAGAAUAAUGGCCACAUUGGAUGGCCGUGCAUGCCCGUCCAGAUGCUCCAUGGCUUGUUGCGUCAUUGUUGCUCCUCUUGGUCCACGUGGAACAAAUUCCAGGACACGUUGUAUUUCCAUGUCUGGUUUAUUUGGCUCUUUGGGCUAGGCACCGUGACUUUGUACAGCCGGCUUCAGGCGAACGCAUUUUUGGGGGUAUUUAUCUACGGCUACUUUCAUCAGGACAGGUCGGCCGUGGUGGAUUCAGUCUGGAAGGAGACGUUGCGCCAAUCGCGUUUCAUACGUGAUUACUUCCCGCUUUCGGCCAUACUCCUUAUCAUGUUCAUCGCACAGAUCCUCCACUACGCUUUCGGCGUGAUAAGUUACUGGCCCCGCUGCGGGUGGAAGACGACAGACCACAAGCGGUGGCAAGUGGAUCCGACAUGUGAUCGCCAGAAGUGGAUGGCUUGGGGGAGGCGCUUCGAGUUGGAGAUCAAGGGAAUGGAGAACCUCGAGAGAACCAUCACAGGCCCACUCGAGUGGGACUCUUGGAGAGGUAGUUUCAAGGGCGGACUAGUUGAGGUGCAUCGCCCGGCCGGUAAAGCCUCGCUCUCAGGCCCUGCAGGCGGACCUCUGUACCUGUGCAGAGGAGGGCGCCACUACGAGCCAUCCGAGGAAGGCUUCCCAUUCAUCAUAAAGUGGACAAGUAACAGGUUCGCAUACACCACCUUGACAGGUGCAGAGGCAACCUCGUCCACAGUAUUGGACGGAAUCGCAGAGUGCUGCAGCAUGUCUAUCAUGUUGGAAAUGCACAAGUUGGAGCUAAAGGAUUCGGGGAAGGCGAAUGGCUUACUUGCCGAGUACGAGGACUUCAAGAAGGUGCAUGAUGAUGCCCCCACAGAAGAGAUGACAGGUGCACUCAUCCAGGAAGUGCGAACGCUCCUUAACAAUGCUGUCAAUGUCACGCGGUGUGCCUUCUCACGUAUAUUCAUUUAUGGCGUCUGCUUCUGUGGUGUUCAUCUCCACUUCCAGGUCACCUAUACCAACGCACUCUGUUCGGGUACGAAGCAAUGUCCACACGCCCAGCAGGCCCUCUGGCUCGGAAUUGCUUCGGCUCUCGUGUCAAUGUUCUUAGUUCUUGUCAAGGUUGUCGACAUCACCAGGUACUUGUGUACUGUAUUUGAUAUUCUCCGGCGCUAUGGAGAAGUGCUCGACCCCGAUCACGGGAAAGGGCAGUUGCAGUCAAUGUUGAGUCAAAUCACUACCUCCAAACGGAGGCUAAUAGCUUGGUCUGUUUUAAUGGUGCCAGCAUGUUUAGCGUUUGUCUGGAACUUUUUGUGGGUAAGUGCCAAGUGGACUAUGGAUGGUUUUGUUUGUCCGAGCCACAUGUGGAACUUCCCUGCUCUGAUGGAGUCGACGAACCCAGUGAGCGGUUGCGUGGAGCUCAAGGACACAUCCUUCUCGGUGUCAUAGACCCACAACAGAUCUUGUCACAUAUCAUACUAUAACAUAGCAUGGCAUGCCAUAGCUGGCCGAUAGCCGCCCAAUCUGGGUGGUUCCAAUCCAAGUCCAGCAUCGCACUUUACUUCAGCGCAGGCUUCGAAGCCAUGGCCAUUGUCCCCCUCAGCUUGCAAACUUACUGUGGGAGGGGGGCGUGCAAGUGUUCGUUUGGAUGAGCACAAGCUUCUGGAGGUCGCGCGGGAGGCAUUCGCGCAUGAGUACAAGCUCCCUUCGGCUAGCGUCUUGGCUGUUUUUUUGGCAACUUCAGAGGUGCCAUAACCUUGCUCAUGAACCAGUGUUUGAAUUGCAGAUGGUUGACGUUUUCACAUUUUCUGAACCGGGCCAUGUGCGUGGUGUGCUCUGCAUCGCAGCAGUAGCGGUCAGGAGCGGGCUUGUGUGGUUGGAACCACCGCCUCUACCUUGGGCCCAUCAGCGUUGCGUUCUGCACGCGCAUCGCGGAAUUCUCCAGUGAUUCGUCGCCCAGUCUAAUUGAAAAAACAA